AUGUCGUCAAUCCAGAUAAAAAGACAAAAAGCAAUUAUAGAUGGCACACAGCAGCAAGGGAGCCGGGCCUAUGUGCUGCUGUCCCUGAGCCAGCAGGAUGGCAUUGAGCAGCACAUGGAUUUUGAGAGCCGCUACACCUUGCUGGAGCUGUUUGCUGAGACCAUGUCCUCUGAAGAGCACUGCAUGUCCUUUGAAGGGAUUCACCUCCCGCAGGUCCCCGGGAAGCUGCUGUUCGCGCUGGUGAAGCGCUACCUGCGCGUCACAUCCCUCGUGGACGAGCUCGGCAGCGGUGCGGAGCAGGGAGGGGAGCGUCAGGACGGCGCCGAGCCCGGCUCGCGGCGUGGGGAGAGGAGCCGCGUGAAGCAGGAGUUUGAGCUCAGCAUGGCAAUGGCGAGCCUCAUCGUGGAGCUGGUGCGCGUCAUGGGCUGGGAGCAACAGCAGCAGCCGGAGCUGCCGCCCUCGCAGGGGACACGGCCGCGUGCUGCCCGCUCCAUCUUCCAGCCCAGGGCCCCGGCCUGUCCCGCUGCUCCAGUGUCUGUGCUUGCUCCGUAUCCUGGUCCCUGGAAAAAGCAGGGCUGUGCUUUCCUGACCCCCUCGAAUUUCUCCUGCCCCAGCAGCUCUGCAGAGUCCGUGCAGGCCAACCUGGCGUGUGGCGUGCGGGUCCGUAUGCUGGAGGACUGUGGCGAUGUGAGAGCUGGGGAUGAAGGCGUGUGUUGCCAGAGCACUAAUGGCACGGAUGCAGUGCAGGUUUUAUGGCAGUCAACAGGUCGGACCUGCUGGGUGCAUUGGCACAUGCUGGAGAUUAUUGACUUUGGAGAUCAGCGCAAAGAGCCUGCUGGUCAGGAAAAAGUAUAUAGUUGGAUAGAGGGCUCUAACCUAGACACAGGUGAGCACAUGCUGCAUGCAUUCGCGCGGCCGCGCGUCUCCAAGCCCUCUGCGGGGCUGCACUCCCUGCCCUACAUCCGGGAGCAGCCGGGGGACUGUGCAGAGACUCUGAGCCGGGCCGAGUGGUGGGAGCUGCUCUUCUUCGUGAGGAAGCUGGAAGUGCAGGAGCAGGACGAGAUCUCCCGUCUCGUUGAGCAGGAGCAGCCGGAGCAGAGGAUCCUCAACAAGUUUCUGGACGGGUACCAGGAGGACCUGCUGCCCUGGCAUGAGUGCGUUGAGCCCUGCCUGUCCUCCAUGAGCGCCCACAGCAACGACCAGGAGGUGGCCCAGGAGGCCGUGGGCUUCCUGCACCGCCUGGCCAGCGCCAGCAAGGACUGCGCGGUGGCCAUGUGCUGCGCGGGCGCCCCCGAGGCUCUGGGCAAAGCCCUGGACAGGCACGGUGCGGCUCUGCCCUUGGCACCAGCCCUGCGCGACCUGCUGAGCCGCUGCGAGCAGCACGCGAGCCUCUACCGGAGGCUGACGAGCAGCAUCUUGGCCGGCUGCAUCCAGCUGGUCCUGGGGCAGAUUGAGGAGCAUCGCCGGAGCCUGCAGCCCAUCAGCAUCCCCUUCCUAGACGUCUUUCUGCGCAACCUGUGCCGAGGCUCCAGCGUGGAGGUGAAGGAGGACAAGUGCUGGGAGAAGGUGCAGGUCUCUUCCAAUCCGCACCGUGCCAGCAAGCUCACGGAUGGCAACCCCAAGAGCUACUGGGAGUCCAGCGGCAGCACUGGCUCCCACUCCAUCACUGUCCACAUGCAGUGCGGUGUGGUGAUCAGGGAGAUGAGCAUGCUGGUGGCCAGUGAGGACUCCAGCUACAUGCCCGCCCGCGUGGUGGUGCUGGGGGGAGAGAGCCCCGCGGCCAUCACCACGGUGCUCAACGCGGUGACCGUCCUGCCCUCGGACAGCAGAGUGACGCUGCUGCAGAACAUGACCCGCUUCUGGCCGGUUGUCCAGAUCAGAGUGAAGCGGUGCCAGCAGGGCGGCAUCGACACGCGUGUGCGAGGCAUCGAGGUGCUGGGCCCCAGGCCCACGUUCUGGCCCGUCUUCAAGGAGCAGCUGUGUCGGCGGACGUUCCUCUUCUGCAGCGUGCGGGCCCACGCGUGGUGCCAGGAGAUGUGCCGGGAGCGGGGGCGCCUGCUGCAGCUCUUUGGCAGGCUGAGCCGGGCCCUGCGGCACGAACAGGCCUUCGCCGAGCGCUUCCUUCCCGACGACGAGGCAGCCCAGGCCUUGGGCAGGACCUACUGGGAGGCCUCGGUGACUCCCUUGGUGCAGAGCAUCACUAGCCCAGACCCCAGAGGCAGCAGCGCUCUGUCCUGGCUGCUGAGUGAGUACGUGGAGAGCGGGGAGGUGCCGCGCGGGGCCCCGCGCUGCAGCGCUGCCUUCCGCUCCCACGUGCGGCGCCUGACCCAGCUGCUGGUGCACGUGGAGCCGAGCGGCGCAGAGCUGGAGGAGGCCCGAGCUGCGGGCAGCGAUGGUGAGAGGCUCACCCGUUUCCCGUGCCCGCAGGUGCAGCAGUUCCUCGACGCGGCGUGGCAGGCGCCGGACGUCGUGGAGAGAUACUGCGGGCUGUACUGGCGCCUGCGCAGCGCCGCGGCGGAGCUCUUCGGGCAGCAGGCUGCCUUUGCGCUGGCCCUGGCGCAGGGCUUCGCGGGUGCCUUGCUGCACCCCUCCUUCCCGGCUGCCCUGCACGUGAGCGAGCGCUUUGCCCGCUAUCUCGACGGGCAGAUACGGGAGCUGCGUGAGGGCACGGGCAGCACGGGGCCGUUGCGGCGGCUCCUGGAGCCCUUUGUCAUCCUCUGCGGCCUGGAGCUCGCCCAUUCCUUUGAGCACUUCUACCGGUACUACCUGGGGGACCGUCUCCUGGCGCAGGGGCCCUCGUGGCUGGAAGAGGCCGUCGUGGAGCAACUCGGGUUGUGCUUCCCCAGUCGCUUCCCCCAGCAGAUGCUGAGCAACGUGGCUGAGGCAGAGGAGCUCCAGCAGCAGUUUCGCCUCUUCCAGCUGCAGGAGCAGGACAAGCAGCUGCUGGAGCUGGGCACAGGCCUGGAGAGUCCCGUGGACGAGGCGCUGGGAGAGGCGCCCCUGGCGCAGGCGCCAGAGGUGAAGGUGCUGGUGCUGUCCCCGCGCUGCUGGCCCGUCUCCCCCUUCUGCUACCUGGAUGAGCCCAGCAGAUUUUUCUCGGAAGUCCUCAGCUCCUCCCUGGCCGAGUUUGGCGGCUUCUGGCAGCAGAGCCGGAGCCAGCUGGGCUGGGAGUGCACGAAGCCCCGGCGGCUGCAGUGGACGUGGCUGGGCCACGCGGAGCUGCACUUUGGCGACUGCGUCCUGCACGUGUCCACGCUGCAGAUGUACGUUCUGCUGCACUUCAACGGUGCCGAGGAGGUG